UCCUAACCCACACCCCUCAAUAUUUUAUAAAUGUUUUUUUCCUUAAAAAAUAAAAAAUUGUGAAUAGCGAGCAAAUAAAGCUAGCCCCAUGGAAGCGGUAUUAUAAUAUAGCUAUAUUUUGCUAACUGGAAAUAUGACAGCUUUGCAAAAAUUGGUUAAGUCUUUGUAACUGGAGAAAGUUGGCGUUCUGCGUGCUAGCUUGGAGGUCAGGAACCUGAAGGAACCAAGGAGCUUUCAUUAUUCCUUAGGGCCACCAAGGGGUAUACUGCAACAGAGACGAAGGUUGCUAUGCUGCGCUCUUUUUUUUAUGCAGAUAUUGCUCUGUUUGAUUGGAUCCAUGCCUUAGGUCUGUACACCUGUAGAGAUGGUCCAAUUUCUUCACCUGUUCAUGAGCUCAAACUCUUAAUUCCUUGCUUCAUUUCUCAGUUUCAGUGGGUUUGGUUUUAAACUAACAGAGCAUGCAUUGAAGCUUUGCUCUAACUGGAGGUAAUUUUGAGCCUAGAAUGGGGAAUAAAAUGAUGUAGAUAUUGAACUGUAGAUCAGUAAAGAACGUUUCUUCUCUUGAACUACAAAGCAAGUUUAAAGACUGUUUCAGAUCUGGCUAUGGAAUUUCCAUCAGAGGACAUUUUUUUAAUGACAGCAUCUCCAGUUAUAAAAGCUAUAACAAAUUUCAAACAGGUCUCUAGAACACUUGAAGAAUUUGAUGUAGAAGAACAGCCAGGUUCUCUACUAGAAAAACGGUAUCCCAAUAUUAGAGUUAUACAAUCUGAAGUAAAACAGUUGAAAAGUGAGGAGCACAUUUUCACUGAAGAUGGGAAGGAGUAUAUUUAUGAAAAACUUUGCCUGUGUGCUGGAGCAAAACCCAAAUUAAUUUUUGAAGGAAACCCAUAUGUAAUAGGAAUCCGGGAUACUGACAGUGCAGAGGCUUUUCAGAAGAAUUUGGCUCAAGCUGAGAGAAUAGUAGUGGUAGGAAACGGUGGCAUUGCCCUUGAAUUAGUGUAUGAAAUUGAAGGCUGUGAAGUAAUCUGGGCUAUCAAAGACAAAGCCAUUGGGAAUACUUUUUUUGAUGCAGGAGCAGCUGAAUUCCUCAUUCCAAAACUAACUGCCGAAAAACGAGAAACUGCAAUAGCAUGUAAAAGAACCAAGUAUACAAUGGAAGGAAGAGAAAAAAAAGAAGGAACCACAGCAGCAUCUGACAAACUGGGCAGUGCCUUAGGCCCUGACUGGCAUGAGGGCUUACAUCUUAAAGGCACUAAAGAGUUUUCUCAUAAAGUACAUAUUGAAAUACUAUGUGAAGUAAAGAAAAUACUCCUACAGCAAGAAUUUGUACAGCUGCAACGGACUUCUCUGACUUUUCCUAAGGAAGAGAAAAAUGAAGAACCAGAUGAGGUUCUAUGGCCUAUAUAUGUGGAAUUAACUAACGGAAAAAUUUAUGGAUGUGAUUUCAUUGUCAGUGCAACUGGAGUUGUGCCAAAUGUUAAACCAUUCCUUGAUGGAAAUAAUUUUGCUCUAGGUGAAGAUGGAGGUCUUAAAGUGGAUAAAUACAUGCACACAUCCAUACCAGAUAUAUAUGCAGCUGGGGAUAUUUGCACAGCAUCGUGGGAACCUAGUCCAGUGUGGCAUCAGAUGAGGCUCUGGACUCAAGCUAGGCAGAUGGGAUGGUAUGCAGCAAAAUGCAUGGCAGCAGAUACUUUAGGGGAAUCUAUUGAUCUGGAUUUCAGCUUUGAACUGUUUGCUCAUGUGACAAAAUUUUUCAAUUACAAGGUGGUGGUUUUGGGAAAAUACAAUGCUCAAGGCUUGGGUUUAGACCAUGAACUAAUGCUGAGAUGUACCAAGGGACAAGAGUAUGUUAAAGUUGUGAUGCAGAAUGGACGAAUGAUGGGAGCUGUACUGAUUGGUGAAACAGACUUGGAAGAAACCUUUGAAAACUUAAUUUUAAAUCAGAUGGAUCUUUCAGCAUAUGGGGAAGAUCUUCUGAAUCCAAAUAUUGAUAUAGAAGAUUACUUUGAUUGAACAGAAACCAUUUUCCGUUUUGUAUCAAGUUUUAAUCCUGAGUGAUGUGGCUUAUAAAACAGUUUGCUUGGGAUCAGGGAUAAAUGCAAUUCCUGAUUAAGAUUUUGGGUUGAUAUUGUCAAAUACAGAAAGGCACAGUAGAUUAGAGAAAUUGCUGUAGAAAUUCAGCAACAAAAGCAAGUGGAUUAGUGUCGGCAAAGAGUUCAUGUCUAAAUUAAAUGAGAAUUUGGCAACAGGGGUAUUAUAACACUCUUAAAAGCUAGACUUUACUGUGCUGUUGAGACAGCACUGCAUUCACCUUUACUGUUUAAAGAACGCCAAUAAAACCUUACAUAAUAUAUGUUAUAUCCAGUGCCUACCUCGUAGCUCACUUCUUCCCAAAACCAUGCAUAAUUCACCUGGUGUGAUUCCCAGAGCCCAACUUCUUUAUGGCUUGCUGCCUAUGCGUGUUGCUCACGCAUUUCAACCAGUAAGCAGCGCUUGUGAGCAGGAUGCUUUGAGUAAACUACUGCCUUGAGCUACCUAGGGCAGGGUGUUAGCCUGGGCAGGGUCUAUGCUGACUAGGGCAGGGAAGCCCCUGCUUCCUCAAACCACUUGUUCAGGUGAAGACAUACAAGGCAGUUAUGCAGUGUGUGCCAUACCACUAGUACCCCUCCACAGUUCAAGCCUUUGGGUACUUGCCACAGGCUUCAAAGUUUCUAUUCCAGGUAUUGGCACCGUCUCUGUCUACUACACAAGCCGCUCAGGUCACCAGAGGGCAUCUUUAGGGCACAGGCCACUCAGAGCCCUCACCACCUGUAGUGUGCUCUGCAAAUAUAAGGUAAACUGAACCCUUUCUUUUAUUUUUGAACUUUUAGUUGUUGAAAGAAAAGUGUUUUCUGCUUCACUAAAUAUAGAAUGUAUAGAAACUGUGAACUGUAGAAGCCAGGAAGAAAUGUCUUUGAGAUGCUCUGUUUGGGAGCCGUUUUUUACUUCUUGUCACUUCAGCUCUUCUGAUAAACCUGCACUGGUAUGUCAUGUAUGAUCUUCAGUGGGGUCAGCAUGCAGCUCUGCGCCAGGGAAAGGUUAACACAACAGCACCAACAGAUGUCACCUGUAGCAAUCUUUCACUUUCAGGAUCCCAUAGAGUAGACUGCUAUAUAUCUGAUAGAUGGUAUGGGAUCUUAUUUUGACUGCUGGAAAGCAUAGCUACAAAAGUAUGUCCCCGGGCACAAAGUUUGUAUGCAAGUUUUGCAAUCUCAAGGCAAAUGGCUUUUGUUUUGAUUUGUUGUGUAGGGUUCCUACUAGACAACAACUUAUGCUCACAAAGAAAACACUUUCUGUCAUCUGUUAUUAUUUACACUGUCAUGCAUAUUGGUUCCAGGAAGGAAUUUUUGCAGGUACUAAAUUCUAAUUUGACUUCGGUAACCAGUGACAGAAUAUAGUGUUAAGUUGCAAAUUGGGGUUAAGGUUGUUUGUUUUAAAUCAUAAUGAUCUCCCUGGAUGUUUAGAGUUAUGUAAGAUACACUUUAAUAAUGGUGAUGCCAUGUAUGGACAUGCGUGUGUACAAGCUUGUUUAAAUCAGAUUCCUUUUUUUAGUUGCUAGCAAUAACUUACUGCCUAGUUUCCUGCGGGAGGAAGCCUAACAGUUUAAGCUGUUCCUAAAUGCCUUCUGCAUAUGCCAUAGUGCCAUCCAUGGACAUUAAGUUGUUUCAUGUGUGAUAUUACCAUCUUUAAUCUACAGUUGCUACUGGGGAAUUAUUUUUUACUUAGGAACAAACUGGGAGUAGUUUACAGUACACUAUUUACAAAGUUGGAACUGGAACUUCCUCCAGAAAAUCACUCUAGUCUUUUUUCUUUU